UGUCCAGCAACUCCUCUCCUUCUCACGUGCCACACGUGCUACUCUUCUUAUCUCUUUUCCUGUAUCACGGUGUUGAGGAAACCACCGAUGUCGGAUAGAAAAGCCGGCCAAGGUUCAUCAUCAUGGAGACAAAACGGUGCCAGACGUAAGCGGGACAUCGUGGCUGAGAAAAGCUAAACAAUUCCUUACAUAGCUUACCAAUUCGACGGCAGAGAGAGAUCCGCCAUGGCUGGAAAAUUUCAUCGUUGUUAGAGUGGGCGAUUGUGUCCAUUGGAUGCUGGUAAGCGGUAAGCCUCCUUAUGUGGCGCGUGUUAAGAAGAUUGAAGCAGAUGCUAGGAACAAUGUGAAGGUGCAUUGUCGAUGGUAUUACCGUCCUCCAAGGGAAAUGCAUUGUUCACGCCUUUAAAAACUACACUAGGCUUGAAAAUGUUGGAGCGGAAGAUUAUUAUUGUAGUUUCGAAUACAAAGAUGCCACUGGCGCAUUUACCCGUGAUCGAGUUGCUGAGUACUGCAAAUGUGAAAUGCCGUAUAACCCAAAUGAUCUGAUUGUGCAAUGUGAAGGGUGCAGUUUUUGAGUUUAUGGGAUUUACUUGGCUCUACAGGCAACUAUGGAUUCAAGUCAACAUGAUGGAAAUUUCAACAGUUUAUUUGAGAAUGCAGACAUGAGGUGGAAGACCCGACAAGUCAGCUUUGUUCGGAUUUUAGUCAUUUUACCAUUCAACUUGGACUUGUCAUAAUUACGAAGCAAGACAAAGAAGAUACUGCAAGUGGCAAACGACAAAAAAGCUUUGAGAAAAAAAAAAUGCUGAAGCAAUGUCCUCUCUCCUGCUUGCUCUUCAUCUUCUUCUUCAUACCAAAACUAUCUUUCUCUUGCCCACAAGACCAAGGAAAAUCCCUUCUCGAGUUCAAGAACUUGCUGAUGACUCACAAUGUCAAGAACCGUUCCACAGGAGAAAUCGACUUAAUGGAACGUUUCAAGACAUGGAGGCCAAACUCAGAUUGCUGCAAGUGGCAACUCGUGAGAUGUAACGCUCGUUCGCCUUCAAGAGAAGUAAUAGGAGAGAUUCCUGGAGAUGCGUUUGUGAACUUGACCAGCUUGAUCUCUCUCGACAUGAGUGAGAAUAGCUUCCACGGCUCUAUCCCUCCUACAUUGUACUCCUUGAAAAGUCUUCGGCAUCUUGACUUAAGCAGGAAUGUUAUUGGCGGUAUGUUGAGUGGUGACAUCAAAGAGCUCAAGAAUCUGCAGGAAUUGAUCUUAGACGAGAAUCUCAUUGUGGGGCUGAAUGAAACUUUCCUGGUUGCAUCCAUUAUUGAAAAGUUGCCUCCAACUUGGAAAGAUUUCAAGACCCACCUGAAACAUAUUCAUGAAGAUAGGAGUCUUGAGCAGUUAAUUUUGAAACUUCGAGUCGAAGAAGAAAAUCGCAAGAACGAGAAAUCUGAGUUCUCGUCGAUGGAAGCAAAGGCCAAUGUAGUUGAGGGAAACAGUUCCAAAUUCAAGGGCUUUAAGAAGAACAAAAACGUUAAGAGAACGUUCAUUCCACCAAAGGGUUCUAACUUCAAGAAGAAGCCACAAGGUGCUUGUUGGGUGUGUGGAAAACAUGGCAUAGAGCUAAGGUCUGUCGCCAUAAGAAAGAAGGGACAUCAUGUGGAGAAGCAAAUAAUGCAAACCUCGUCGAAGAUCAGUUCGUUGCGGUCAUUUCCGAAGCAAACAUGA